UGCAUUACAUAUGAAUGGCUAGAAAUUGCAAAAAUUAUGCUCAGCAUUCUCAAAUUAAACUUCUACUAUGACUGGCCCAAAAAAAUUGUGUUAUUAGUGCGUCAAUCUCAUAGUAGAUGAGAAGCAGCCAAGAGAUUUUGGACAUUGGUUCAGGUACUCAAUAUUUCUCAAUUUUUGGAAAGAAAUUCUAUAAAUCAAAAUUCAGCGAUGUUAGCACAAGAUAGCUACAAUACAUCUGUUUUGCUAAUUCAAAUAUGUAUCGGUGAUGCACACAGAUCUUGUUUAAAAAGAAGGAAACAGAUACCAAACUAUGCUCGAAUGUUUGUGCACUUGUCAUGACUACUCUUGUCAGAGUUCGGUUAAAACCUGAAUUAAUAGGUUUUAUCUCAAGCAAGACAUGUUAUUUAAGAAAGAUUCAAAUCCGAUUCCCAUUCUUCGCCUGCGUAUGUAAGAGGAAAACUGGGCAAGUUUAAUAUUGCCUUAGCUUUUUCAGAAAUUAUUAGCUUAGGCUCUUUGUGAGCCAAACUACAAUGCAAAUUAUGCUGAAAAUAGUUGGAGCAUCAAUUCAAUUGAAUUACAAUAUAUUUCUCGAGAUUCAAAAUAUUUUUAACAUUUCUCGGCAUAUAAGGAAACCAAAAUCUGCAAAACUAGAUGAAACAUGACCUGUUACGCAUAACUUCUUAACUAGUAAAUGUCCUCUCCAUUAUUUUUCCUCUUUAAAUUCUCGAAAGCAGUACUGCCUUCUCCUGGUGUGUCAGAUUCUAUCAUUUUCAAAAUCAGAUUUCCCAUAACUCCACAGUAAUUGAGGUGCCAAUUUUGUUCACAAGCAAAGGGUUGGUCCGUGCCGAUGCUGUAAUGUAUUACUUCCUUAUAGUGUCUAUGUAAUGAGCAAUAAAUGACGCAAUAAAGGUAGUAUUUAUAUGGUCGAGAGCGAGAUAGCUACUCAGUCAAUGCACGUAACUGCUGACCUCAUCUUUUUGAAAACCAAAAGUCUCGUCAUUUUAAGUCUUCUUUUUCUACAAUUGCAGCAUUUGUCAAAAGGGGUAGAAAAUCCCAAGAUUCUUCUUGAAUUGAAUCCGAUUUCUCAUUGUCAUACUUUAAUAGAUCAGUUGCUUUUAAAAAGUUUUUGUCACUUACCAUAAACAACAGAGGCGAAUCUGCACGACUUUAAGCAGAGUGCAGAGUGCUGUCCUAAGAGUUGGAGCCUCUUUCAUAUCUUGGCAUUUCUUCAGGGAAGUGUUAGGGCGGUUCACGUCUAGAGGGAAUUUUAACUAUAAAAGCAACCCAUUUCUGUUGGAAGCAUUAAUGAAAAGAAAGCUCCUGUUUGUUGUUGAUCGAUUCGUAGCUACACUUUGCUCGGGAGCUAUUCCAAAGUUUUGCAAUUGCUCAUCUUAAAAUGGAUAGACCAUAAUUGGUGGAAUUCUUGGCAGUUUGAAGCACAGUUGCUGGAAAGGUGAGGCUAUCAAGACUUAGAAUCUGGUCAUGAGCCCUGGAAUUUGGAUAGGAAGAAAAAGGAACCACGAAGAUGAAGUUUAUGAAACUUGGGACAAGGCCAGACACAUUUUACACAGAAGAAGCGACAAGAACGGUGACUUCAGAUACACCGCCAGACCUAAUUUUACGAAUCAACAACGUCAAUUAUCUUCUCCAUAAGUUCUCUCUGCUACCGAAAUGCGGUCUCUUACAACAGCUUUGCCCAGUGGAUGAUGGUGAAAUUACCAUAGAUCUCCAUGACAUUCCCGGAGGUGAAGAGGCUUUCGAGAUGUGUGCUAAAUAUUGCUAUGGAAUUACCAUCAACUUCAGCGCUUAUAACUUUCUACCGGCAUUUUGCGCUGCCAAGUUCCUCCGAAUGACCGAAGUGGUGGAAAAGGGAAAUUUCGUGAUGAAGCUUGAGGCUUUUUUCCAGUCGUGCAUUCUCGAGGGCUGGAAGGACUCCAUCAUCACGCUUAAGACUACAUCAAAAUUACCUGAUUGGUCUGAAUCUCUCGGAAUUGCUAGGAAGUGCAUCGACUCAAUUGUGCAGAAAAUUCUCACCCCUUCACCAAAGGUCACAUGGUCUUAUACUUAUACAAGACCAGGAUAUGACAGAAAACAUCGACAAUCAGUACCUCGUGAUUGGUGGACAGAAGAUAUUUCUGAUCUAGACAUAGACCAGUUCCGAUUUAUUAUCAUUGCAUUACGAAAUAUGCUCCCUUCACAGCUUAUUGGUGAAGCUUUGCAUGUCUAUGCCUCUCGCUGGCUACCAGACAUGAGUAGGACUAGCACUAUCGGAAGUACCACAUCACAACCAGAAGAAAUCACGAUGAAGAACCGGCGAAUCCUAGAGGCUAUUGUAAGCAUGAUCCCAGCGGAACAGGGUUCUCUUUCAAUUAAUUUCCUGCUAAGGCUACUGAGUCUUGGAAACUAUCUAGGGUCAUCUCCAUUAACCAAAACUGAACUUGUCCGGAGGUCCAGUCAACAGUUGGACGAGGCGACAGUGAGUGAUUUGCUGUUUCCUUCUUAUUCCGCAUCAGACAAACACUUUUACGAUGUGGAAUUGGUACGGUCCGUGUUGGAAAGUUUUUGGGUGCUGUGGAGAAGGCAGCCUCCUGGAUCUUCAGAGAAGGGAGAGUCUAUGAGGUCAGUUAGGAAGGUUGGGAAGCUCAUUGAUUCUUAUCUUCAAGUGAUAUCCAAGGACGUCAACAUGCCUGCGUCGACAGUAGUAUCUCUUGCCGAAUGCUUGCCUGAUAUUGCCAGGCCACUGCAUGAUGAACUCUACAAAGCUAUUAACAUCUACCUAAAGGAGCAUCCUGAUUUGUCCAAAGCCGACAAAAAGUUCCUCUGUCGGAUUUUAGAUUGCCAGAAGCUGUCUCCUGAGGUACGAGCGCAUGCCGUGAAGAACGAGCGCCUGCCCUUACGCACGGUGGUUCAAGUCCUCUACUUUGACCAAGAGAAAUCUGCCAGGGGAGCAACAACACCUCACAGCUUGGCUUCACAUGACACCAGAACUAGGGGCAAGGAGACUCUCGCUGCAAGAGAAGAUCAAGGCAAGCAAAAGCUAAGCCCGGAAGUUGGAUUUCCCAGACCAGAUGACACGACGAUAUCAGUAGCCGAAACCAGCACUACAGAUCAUCCUAGGAUAAUGCAACCGGAAAUGAAGCUACCACGAGAAUUGGAGAGGAAGUUGGUGAUGAGGGAGAUGGAGGAGGGAGUAGAGUCAUCAGAUAAGGCAAAGGAUGUCGCCGCAGACGAGAGAUCGCAAAGAAGCACACUGGACCCCCAUAAGAUCGGGAAAAAGACUGGUAAAACAGACCGUGGCCAUAAUAAAGGGCGAGAGAGAUAGCAAAUUGGCCGAUGGUCGUAUACAUCAGCAGGAAGGCGUUGUGUUGCACUUCAGGAUCUGUAACUUUUCCUGUGCCCAUCAAUUAGUUUGGUUCUGAGUCAUUAUUUGCAAUGUAAUCUGCUAUUUGUGAGUAGACAUAGCUUCUAUAAGAUGAGAGCCUCCAUAAACCAAAGAAGAAAUUCUACAGGAUCUAAUCCUAAGCCAUUCAUAUACCAAUAUACCAGCAACAUAGGCUGCUCUAUGUACCUCAUACACUCCUUUCCUCUAAAGAUAUGAAUUUUUUUCUGUCAGA